AGCUAACCAAUGUGAGCGUUUUGUUAUCUUCGUGAACUUUUCGUUGGACCAGAACUAAUGUGAUUUACCUUUGUGCCAAUUUCUAAAACGGAUUGUUUGCGAAAGUCAAUCAAUUAAAAGUACCCGGUGCAUUAAAUGCAUUCAAUACAGUUGGCGCCAAUGCUGAGAGUGAGAAAACGAUAAUUUCAUUUGCCAGCAGCACGAGAGAGAGAGAGGGAAAGAGAAAGUGAAUGGCAUACACGAUUCUCCAUUGCAAUAAUGACAGAGGUUUUAUUAUCAAUCACUAUUUUGGGGUUAUAGAAACAUACAUAUAUAAUGGAUUGUUGAUGAAAUUAAGAUGAAAAUAGUGAAAAGCUAAUACUAAUUGAAAGAAUUGUGGCGAAAUGGCUAUUAUACAGUAUACGUUUGUGCAUAAGGCUUUGUUUUUUGUACGUCACCAUGUACAGGGCUGUGUAUGUAAUAGAAGGCGAGCGGCGUUAUUAUGGCUUAAUGAUUAUUUAAUUCCGCUUCGACAAAUUGAUAUUGUAAACGUCAUCAUUAUCGAAUUUUUGUUUUCAAUCAUAAUUAAGCAAUUUUCUGUUUUGUUUUGCUCGCCUAUAUCUUAUUGCAUGGUUAACCGCUCUUAAACUCAAGAGUGCGUGCAAACAGGGUGGACGCUCUAUUAAGAUUAGCUAUCAAAACAAGUGUCCAACAGUAGUAAUGGACAUUUUGUCAAUCAGCUGUUGGUUGUUGAGUGUUGGUUUUAUACAAUGUCAUGGAGUUUGCAGGGACUUCUAGAUAUUGCGGACGUAAGAUCAAAAAGAUACGCUUACCCUCUAGUAGCUUUGGCUGAUCGAAUAAAAUAUUUUCAAUACAUAUUUGGACUUCUUAGUGUCGCGAUAGCGAAGGUUCUUCGGGAAUUCCAUUUGUCCUUUAUGAGACCCAUGUGAAAUGCCUUAUGAAAAAUUCAAUAAAAAGCGCCGACAAUGGGAGGAUAAUGGAGUUUUAGAACUAAUUAAAUUGUGGAAAGUCUGUGCCUAUGAGUUGCGCACCAUAAAACGCAAUGGCCAUUUGUAUGUGGCUAUGGCAAAGCAGUUAACUGCCUUAGGUGUACCUGUAACAGCUCUAGAAGUACAUUUCAAAGUAAAUAACUUGACCCAGCGUUACAGACAAGAGCAAAAAACUUUUGAAACUACGGGAAUUAUAAGUACGUGGAAAUUCUAUUCACAAGUGGAUGAUGUUUUCAAAAGUUUGUCCGGUCAAGCUGGGUAUAAAGAUAAACGCAUUAUGACGCCUGCAUCAAAUCCGAGUACUUUACCAUCGGCAUCGGAAUCGCCAGUCUGGAAGAAUCAAAUGUCUCAACAAGAAUUUAACAGUAAUAAUUCCGAAGGAUUUUACAAAUCUGAAUAUGGAAUGCACCGACAUUUUAUGGAUCACACCCAGCCACCACCGAAUCAAAACAACGAUGUGAACUUUAUGGCCUCCACAGCUGCUGCGGCUGCAGUUGCUGCUGCUUCGGCGCAACUUAAUUCAGCACCGAAUAACACAAAUGCAAAUGGUGUGGUGCCAAAUUACAAUAACAAAAUCAAAAAACCAACUGAAGAAUAUGAUAAAUUCGUAGAUAUUGUCAAAAAUAUCGUCGAUAAUCACAAGGCCACACCGGAUAAAGUGGAUACCUUUGGGGACUUUAUUAAAUCAUAUAUGAGGCGAUGGCCAGAACGUUUGCAGGACGAAGCCAUAAAUCAUAUAACCAAUUACGUGAUUGUUAAAAACAUGGAGAAUACGAUGAAUAAUGGCGGGGAUGGUGUGAAUAAUAGACAAUAAUACAAGGGAGCUUAGAGUUUAGGUUUGGUUAUAUUCUGAUAAAAUAAAUUGUGUAUGUGUAUGUUGUAGCCUUAGUGUCAGUUUUAAGUAUUACCAAAACGUUACUUAAUUUAAAGGAUAUGAACAAUUUUUCACUUUUUGAUUUUAAUGUUUAAGCAAUGUUUCAUGGAGAGUAGGGAAAAUAUAUAUAAAAGCUGGUAAUUUAGUGCUUGUGAAAUGUAUAUAAUAGUUUUUUUCUUGUAAGCUUAAAGUUCUUUUAUUUUAUUAUUAAUUUAAGUUUAUGCAGUAAGAAUAUGUUUAUUUUACAUAUUAUAAUGGAAUAAAAAAAGAUUUUAUCCUCUUAAGGUACAUUGAAAUAA